CACAGAACAGCUGUUUACGAAACCAAGCCAAACAGCGAAAAAUAUUCACGAUUCGAAAACCCUAUAUAUUUAACAAGGUUUAAAAAAACACGAUUGGGAAUACAUCAUCGAUUUUGGGAUGUUCUGCUGCCUACGCACCUGUCUGAAUGGCGGACAACUGAGGAAACCAGUGGCGGCGAGUCGCCUCCGGGAACCCGAUGUUCACCUGGACGCAGCGCAUAUGGGACCUGAUGUAAUCCUGCUGUCACAUCAACUGCGGGUAACUGGAACGGGAGGCGUUUUGGCCACAGCUCCUUUGGUCCAGUCUAAAUCAUACUUCGAGGUGAAGAUCCAGCAUGGAGGCAGUUGGUCCGUGGGACUGGCAACCCGGCAAACGGAUCUCAGUCGGAAAAGUGGUGGCGGGGACCGGGAGUCCUGGUGCCUUUGCUCCGAUAAUGCCACGCGCCACAACGAUCAAGAAGAAUUCCGUCCGGUGGUGCAGGCCGCAUGCACCACCCAACCAUCGAGGACACCCAAUGGAAUCCUGAACAACAGCGCCGCCAAGGCAGCUGGACUUAUCGCCAUCGAGGAUCUGCAGCAGGAAGAUCUCCUCAUGACCACUGGAGUUGCACCAUCGGAUGUUGGCAUAGGAGAUUCGUUGAUAACUUCACCGCAAAGAGAUUUCCCCGACGAGGGCGAUAUUGUGGGCGUGGCUUUCGACCAUGUGGAGCUCAACUUUUAUUUCAAUGGAAAGAACUUGGAGGUGCCCUUCCGAAAUGUGCGAGGAGCAGCAUUGUUUCCAGUCAUUUAUGUGGGCAAUGGCGCCAUUCUGGACAUUAUCCUGGACAACUUUUCGCAUGGUCCACCGCCUGGUUUCGAGCGCAUUCUGCUGGAACAGUCGCUACUUUAGAUAAUCCAAACGACAGCCUUGAACAAAUUAUCAGCUUGAGAACAAAACAUUGAAGAGAUAAAGAACACUUUGUAACCUCUCUAGUCCUUAUAAUCCCCAAACCAUAAUGUAUUUGUUUUAAUUUAUUAAUAUUUUGUAAAUUAUUUACGUAGCUUGACCUCGCGACUGCUUUUGUAUUAUACACCGUCACUUGUAUCUGUAUACAGAUACGAAAGAAUUUUUUUGUAGGAACUAGAUCGUCACCAAUCAAUUCGAAGAUUCUUACACAUUCCAAUUUACAACGGCAACGUACUCGAGCACGGAAUUACCUAACUAACUAUAAGAAUAUAUAUGUAUGUAUAUCUAAAUAAAUUGUAUCUACAUGUAUUUAACGCUUUGAAAACUGAUAAAUCCGCGCGCGGACAAUAAAUCAAUGUUAUGUACUUAACUUUA